GGUAGAGGGCGCUAUAAAUUUUAUUUCAGAAAGUUGAAGUUGAGUUGAACGGGAAAGUUGUAAAUAAUUUUCACAAAAUAUCGACGAAGCGCCUGAAUUUCAAGCGUAAGAUAAAUAAAAAGUGACUCAAUGAUUACAAAGUGAAUCCAGAGAGUAAUGGAAAACCAUAAACAGAGUGCCAUAUGAAACAAAAAACUAUCAUUGCGCACGAUACCCCAACGCCAUUUUGAGGCGAAAUUUUCUAAAUAGCGGCAGCUCGGAGGAUGGCCCGGGGCGGUGGGAGUGCCCUAAUUAACUGACGGACGCUGCCGGCUCUCAGCUGGCGCGAGCAAUAAAGAUGCCACGUCCUGGCAGCCUCAAGGACCCGGACAUUGCCGAGUUGUUCAGCAAACAUGACCCGGAGAAGAUCUUUGAGGAUCUCCGGGAGAUCGGCCAUGGAUCUUUUGGGGCGGUGUAUUAUGCUCGCUGCAAUCUCACAAAGGAGAUUGUGGCUAUCAAGAAAAUGUCAUACCUGGGAAAACAGAGCGAAGAGAAAUGGCAGGACAUCUUGAAAGAGAUAAAGUUCUUAAAACAAUUGGAACACCCGAACACCAUAGAAUACAAGGGGUGCUACAAACGGGAGCACACGGCGUGGCUGGUGAUGGAAUACUGUGUUGGCUCGGCCUCCGAUAUUAUUGAAGUUCAUAAACGUCCCUUACGUGAAGAAGAAAUCGCAGCAAUAUGCGAAGGCGUCGUCUGCGGGCUGUCCUAUUUGCACAGUCUCGGCCGUAUCCACCGCGACAUCAAGGCUGGCAACAUUCUGCUCACAGAAAACGGGACGGUCAAACUGGCUGACUUUGGCAGUGCGAGCAUCAAGUGCCCGGCGAACAGUUUUGUGGGAACGCCGUAUUGGAUGGCCCCUGAGGUCAUAUUGGCCAUGGACGAAGGGCAGUAUGAUGGAAAGGUGGACGUUUGGUCGCUAGGCAUUACGUGUAUUGAGUUAGCGGAGCGCAAGCCCCCCUACUUUAACAUGAACGCUAUGUCUGCACUCUACCACAUCGCGCAGAACGACUCUCCUACAUUACAGGCUCCAGAAUGGUCGGACACAUUUCGAUACUUCGUCGAAGCGUGCCUCCAAAAGAACCCUCAAGACCGACCGUCAUCCAUGAAGUUACUCCAACACCCUCACAUCACGAGGCACAGAUCAUCUAACGCAUUGGUUGACCUUAUCCAGAGGACAAAGGCCGCUGUACGCGAUCUGGACAACUUGAACUAUAGGAAGAUGAAGAAGAUAUUGAUGGUGGAUGGUGAUAAUGAAAGUGCUAUAGGUGACAGCGAAGAAACUGCCGAAGAGCGAUCAGGCGGCGACAGUUCCAAGUCCAACUCAGCCACGUCUGAACACAGCGCUGCGGGCGCCUCCAGUCAAUCCUCGUCGUCCGGCAGUCUUCGCCGACGACCCCGACCGCAAAUCAACGCAAACCACCAUAACCAGCAACAGCCGCAGUACCAGCAUCUCAACCACCAGCACUCGUCCCAUUCGACGAGAGAGAGCGAGAGCCCUCUGCCGCCGCCCAACGACGACUACGUUAACAGAGACGCGUUACGCGAGUUCGCGAACCGAGACUCCUUGUGCGACGACUACGGGGAUGAUUACGCGAACAGGGAGGCCAUUCGCGAGGCGCAGCGCGAGCGCGAGGAGCGGGAGCGGCAGGCGGAGUACCGAGAGUACGUGAACGCGCCCUCCACCUGGUCCUCGCAGCAGGACGGCGACGACAACAGGAACACGCAGCGUCGGCAGGCCAAUAGAGUCAGCAACAACGUGUCGGCCACGCUGUCGCUCGUGUCGGAGCACGGCGCUAACAACUUCGCCACGAUACGCACCACCAGCAUCGUCACCAAGCAGCAGAAGGAACACAAUCAGGAGAUGCACGAACAAAUGUCGGGCUACAAGCGAAUGCGGCGCGAGCACCAGGCGGCAUUGCUAAAGCUAGAAGAACGCUGCAAAGCCGACGUAGACGCGCACAAGGCACAGCUCGACCGCGAGUAUGACGCACUGCUACAGCAACUUAGCCGAGACCUCGAGAGGCUGCAGACAAAACACCUUCAAGAACUCGAGCGCAAAACAAAGCAGAACGCCGUAGCAGAGAAGAAGCUAGUAAAAGACAUUACGGCGCGGCAAGAACAAGAUCGGAAGGCGUUCGAAACGCAGCGCAAGCGAGAAUACAAGGCGAAUAAGGAGCGGUGGAAAAAGGAGCUCAGUAUGGACGAUGCUACUCCUAAGAGGCAGAGGGAUGCCACGUUACAGUCGCAAAAAGAUAACCUAAAACAAGCGGAGGCGGCAGAAGAGGCCCGACUAGUGCGUUCGCAACGCGAGUAUUUGGAACUAGAACUGCGGCGCUUCAAGCGCAGGCGCAUGCUCGCGGCGCACCACAAGGAGCAAGAACUACUGAGAGAGGAACUGAACAAACGACAACAACAACUAGAUCAGGCGCACGCCAUGCUGUUACGACAUCACGAGAAGACGCAGGAGCUCGAGUACAGACAGCAGAAGGGCGUGCACGCGUUAAGAGAGGAGCAACUAAGCAACCAGCACGCCACCGAGCUGGCCAACCAGCGCGAGUACAUGGCGCGCGCCGAGCACGAGCUGCGCAAGAAGCACGCGCUGCAGCUCAAGCAGCAACCCAAGAGCCUCAAGCAAAAAGAGAUGCAGAUUCGCAAGCAGUUUCGAGAGACGUGCAAGAUCCAGACGCGUCAGUACAAGGCCCUUAAGGCGCAGAUUUUACAGAUGACUGCCAAGGAACAACAAAAAGAAGUGAUAAAAUCGCUGAAGGACGAGAAGCGACGCAAGCUGGUGCUGCUGGGCGAGCAGUACGACCAGAGCAUCAGUGAGAUGCUGCAGAAGCAGACCGUGCGGCUCGACGAGAGCCAGAUGAUGGAAUGCGAGCAGCUGAAGAUGCAGCUGGAGCACGAGCUGGACAUGCUGACGGCGUACCAGAGCAAGAGCAAGAUGCAGGCCGAGGCGCAGCGCAACCGCGAGCGCCGCGAGCUCGAGGAGCGCGUCGCCGUGCGCAGGGCGCUGCUGGAGCAGAAGAUGGAGAUGGAGAGCGCACAGUUCCUGGCGGAGCGCGCCGAGCGCACGCGCAUGCUGCACGAGCGCCACGAGCGCGAGCUCGACCACUUCGACAACGAGUCGGCCCGCCUCGGCUUCAGCGCCAUGGCGAUCGCGGAGGGCAGCCGGGACGGGUUCGACGAGGAGCAGUCGCUGUCCGGCUCCAUGCUCUCGCUCGCGCACUCCAACUCCUCCGCCUCCUUCCCCGCCGGCUCGCUCUAACCCCGAACCUAUCAUCCUACCGUCAUGGGACUGGAACUAGCGAUCACAGGUUUGCCAUACCCGUACGUCAAACAAGUGACAGCUAUCGAGAUCCCAAACUAAUCGCGGUUCAGUGAUACACCACUCCGCUCCGCCCACCAUACACACGCGUGCGCAUGCCAGAAGCUGAGGUAUCUUGUUGCCAUUAUAUCGUGUCGGCGCAAUUCACACCCGCGAGUCUACAGAAAAGGAUGUGUGAUGUGAUCCGACACCCCUUCUUUGCCAAAUUCUCCUGUCUGCGGACAGUUAUUAUUAGCGAAGUGACAUUUUUUUUUUCCUAGUUUUAUUGGCGGUCGUAGGUGUUUAUCGAGUCGGCGGCCGAGGCCUAUAGUUUUAUUUCGCAUGUGCGCUUGUGGCAGGAGCAUAGUAGAUGUCCCCAUUUAACUGAGACUGUCCAGCCCUCCCUUGAAAAGAGUGUGGAAAUGGUAAUAUCUAAGUUUAAAAAUGGCGAUUCCAAAUUGUUACGCCGUCGGGCGACGGUGCCCCCCGCUUUGUUUGUGAUUAUGAUGUUUUUUGUUAAGUCUUCCAAUUGUAAGUGCGCAGUAUUCGUAGUCGAGGGUGGUUCGGGAGGGCGUUUCCUAUUCUACAUUAUUUAAGUUUAUGCACUCCAUAAUUAAAUAAUUGUAUCUUAAUGGCUGCGACGCCGCCGCCCCGGUUAAAUAGGACAAUCCGUUUAUUCUAACACUAGUUUUUAGAGUAUAUAUUACAGGUUUAUUCCGUUUCUAAUAUUGUAUAGUUAGCGCGUACGCGAGUGAUGUACGCGUUCUUCCCGCCGGGGCCGCGGCGCGUGUGUGAUGUGAGUGCCGACAGAAUGCUGAUAUUUAAAUUGUGCAGUCGUGUGAGAAUGAAACGCUUUUAUAUUAGACAUUAUACGCGUAGGACGGGUCCGUUGGUCUCCCGGCGCGAGUCGCUCCUCGCUGCCGCUCACGCGGCGAGGCCCGUGAUACUGCACGAUGUGAUAUCGGCCCCGCGGCCGACUCGGUGUCUCGACUCCGUUUUGUGAAUAAAACCAUUCGGAUUAAACCUAUAAACGAUCUCUUAGUCGUAAGAAAAUUAAUACUGUUUUCUUAAAUUCAAUUUUACUAGGAUACGAUUAGACCGUCCAUCUAUAAAAAGCAAUAUUUUUAAAUGCGUCAGAUCAACGGAGCCCGGCCUAGUAGAGGGCAUGAUUGAACUAAAAACUUAGUACGAUCUACUUGUAUGUACGAUACGUAGUUUACUAAGUUUACAGUGGUUGAGGUAAUUUUUGAAUCUUAUUACUCUGUGAAGAGUAAGUAAAUAUCGAAAAAUACCAUGAUCUUGUGAAAUAUUUUAAGAUAACGUUUGUAGUCGGAGAGUCGUUGCGCUGAUGAAAGCUACGCUUGAAGUGUAGCCUGGCAUUAUUAGAAGUCGUAGGCCACCCGAGCCCCGCCCGAGCCAACGAACGGAACAUAAACAAAACAAACAUUAGAUAGUCAAAAUUAUAAUAUUCAUAUCAUUAGUUUUUACUUUAGGAACAAUUUUUGCAUGUAAUUUAUUGUAAGUUAAAUUCUUUAACGAUUGAACUGAUAUGCUUUUGCCUGAGUUAGUUUUAUAUCUAGGGAUCUUUGUGACGGUGCGACUGGCACCGUGUUCGCUUUAUUAGAUUUUAAUUGUUUAAUGCUUUAUUAAAACGUUACAAAAACGCAGGUGCUCAGCAAAGAAUAGUGUAACCGACUGCCGAUUGAGUUUGUAAAUAUAAUAAAGUAUUUAUACGACGUUUGUACUGCAAGCACGUGUUUGCCUUACCGUAGGGCAGAGGGCUCGGCGUUUGUAUAUAGAGAACAAUAAUAUAUGUGUAACUAUUAUACAUAGUUGGUUACUUUUGUAAGGUGCGCGUGUGUGUACAUUAUAUUGUGGAGGCGUCGGGCCGAGCGGCCCGCUCUAGUGCUAUUUUCUUUAUUUAGUGUCCUAAUAACUAUUGUAUUGUCAACUAAGCUUACCAGUCAUGUAUGUAUAGACGAUUGAUAUAAUUAAUUUAACGCCGAUUUUAGUCAUAAACAUCCAAAUUUAGUUUAUGAUAUUUUAAAUAUAUCUCGUUUUAUUUUCUUCCCACAACGCUUGUAAACAUCACACGGCGUGACAACUUGUAUUAUUUUAUGGAAGGUUAGUUAGACAACUGACUCACGACCUAAGCGAAGUAGAUAUUUAAUUCGUAAAAUAUUUGAAAAAGACUUGCGAUAAUUUAAUCAAAUUUCAGUGCACGACGCCAUGAACUUGUGGAUCGAGUAAUUAUUAGGUAUGGCGUUUGGCACCCUCGAGAACUUUACAAACCUAGCUUCCCCUCCUGAACUGACCAAAUGACAAUAAUCUCUAGACACAGCCUUACCCCGCUCGUCAUCCUGACUGUACAUAACAAUAAGGCCAACAUGGGCGAAACGUAGAGAUGGAUUCCGGACUCCGGACGAACCACAUUUAGUCACAUCAAAAUUCGUCGUUUAAAUUAAAGUAUAGCUAAUCAAUGCACCGCCACUUUUGGUCUCUGCUUUCCAUUCGUGAUAUCUGAUAUAUUUAAUGAUGCUAAGUCGUUUUAGAACGCGACUAAAGUCAAUCACAUUUUGAACCGAAGCACACCGGAAUUGAACUGUAAGAAGCUGUAUUUUCGCUUUGGAGCAGUAGACCGGCAGACGUUAGGGACAUAGUGGCUCGCUGGUAGUGCUCAGCCCUAAUGCCAUGCGACAAGGACCUAUUAUACUCGAUAUUGACACACAAUUUAUUAUUAUUUAUUUACAUGACACGUGUGCAGUCGCGAUAUCCCUGGUGCAUCGGCAAAAGGCGUGAGUAUAGUCGCGUAGGCUCUUUCCUGUUCAACCCCCACCCUUAGCUGUUCUCAAAUUAGACGUUUAUCAUCCUCCAACCCUCACGACUUUCAACAAAUUACUAAAUAUUACGAUAUAGAAGUACCAAACUCGUAGUUAGCGAUCACGUAUUAUUAUGUACAUUGUAAAAUGAUUUUUUUUAUAUUUUACCAUUGUAUAGUCGUUUAUCUUAUCACCGAUAGGUAGUUAGCAAUAUUUGACAGAGGUGAGACAAGGCCGGUGCCGGCCGUUGUUGUUUUCAUUUUAUUUUUUGUUAUAUAUUUAAAUAACACAAUCGACUUGUAGUUUUAAUAAUUAUUAUCAUUAUAAUUAUUAUUAUAUUGUAAUAUAAUCUUAUUAAUGAAAAAAAUCAAACUGAAAAUAAAAAAUAAUAGAAAGAAAUUUAACUGUGUACUUAUUUUUAUUCCUUUUGGCCGUAUUUCCUAUGAAAAAAUGUAUAGAAAACAACAAUGGGUUCGUCAAAAGACGUUUAAUAAUAUUUCAUAUAGUAUUUUACAUAAUGGCUUAGAUAAACAUACAAAAAAGGUUUGAGUCUAUUAUCUAAUAAAAGUAAUUGUGCUUAGAGUAAAUAAAGAGUAAGGAUUUCAUUUACAGUAACAAGAAGUAAUUGCACUUAAACAUAAUCUAUAUCUUAUAAAAAUAAAAUGCACACUGCAUUCCUGACUCUUAAUUUCAUUAUAACUUCAGGAUAUUUCGUCAGUAAGGUGUUUAGAAUAUUUACAUAGAAUGAAACUUCGUUAGAACUGUAGUUGGAGCAAUCGCGUUUGACAAUUUUAUAUGUAUUGUAAAAAUACAAGUAGAAAGUUUGUCUUUCUUAAAAAUAGAGUCGAUCGCUCGUUAUAUGUCGCUCGAAUCCGUUUCGUUUAUAUCAAAUGCAAAAAGAAAAUGGUAUAACAAGAUCAACAACAAAAUAAUUUCAUUCAUUUAGGUAAAUAUUUGUUAACUAUUUAUAAGCUGUUUUUAUGUUAGUCAUUCGCUUACUAAUAUUUAUUUUAUUAAGACGUUAACUACAAAGUCUAUCAAAAUAGUUGUUGGUAAGUAUUCAAAGAACAUGAAAUUAUUUUCUAAAGCUAUUUUUGCCAGAAUUAUGCCUAAAAAUGCUUUUUCAUUAAGUGACAAGUUGGAGCAGUUACAGAGUUCUGAUAUGUUUUAUGUUACUUACAUUUUGAAGUGUAAAAUUCCUGCCACAAAAAAACUGAACUAAGUCAUUGUUAGUUUCAAUAGAUAGCGUGGCGUUUUUUUAGGUAUAUAUUUUUAAACAGUAAUAAUUCCGUUUUUGCUGAUACCAGAAUCUAGUUAACUGAUCUGAUAAUAUGUAGUUUUAUCUAAAGUUCUAUAUUCAAGAAACUUUUAGUAACAAUGGAGGUUGCACUAAGAAUUAAAUUUAAAGGCAAGUUUAUUCAAUACCUUGAUUUAUAAUCACAUUUCCUCGAAUCGAAAUUUAAUUUUACAUGCAACUUCCAAUAUUUUCAAUCCCAGUAGGUAGUCUGUUCGUGGAAUGUAUUGGACCCCCAUACAUUUCACGACUCUCGACUUUCCGAACCGACUCUAUGGUCACAUCUGAAAAUAUCAUCUGAAAGUGUCAAAAAUAUGCCUACAUUCAACACUAAGCUCCCCAAAUUCGAAGGAAUAUGAACCCGAGCGGCGGGUUCUUGGCCAAGAAUGGAUCGGCCGGUAAUAACAUGUAUACAUAUUUAUGGAACUUUGCUGGCGUCGAUAUUUAUAGAGGUGACUAACAUCAAAUACUAUAUAAACUCUAGAGUUAAUACGUGCAGUUUCUGACGUUUCCCAUACAAUGGAGCGGCAACAAUUUUACUAGCGCCAUCUAGCGGUACGAGUUGUUCAAAGUAGUUUGUCAGCCUUUU